GCUCCUUCCCACGUCCGCGCCUGCGCCUGGCCUGCACCUGCGCUUGUGCCUGUGCUUGUGCUUUUCCUGUUCCUGCCGUUUUCUCGUUCGCGGACUCGAGGCUGACCGGGAUUUAUUUUCUUUUUUCUGAUUUCACUCUUUUUUCUCUCUCUUCAGCCUUUCGGCAUCUGGAACUCGAUUAUCUCCCUCCGGCUUCAGCAUUGCGCCUCGACGCCUCCUCAGCCUUUUGCCAAGCUAUUUCUGCAGCCAUCCGCAGCCACUUUCCCUUUCCUUCUGCUAUGAGCUGUGAGCGAGGUGAUUCUCGAUAUCGACAGCCCGCAGAAGCCGUGCCUGACAGAGCAUGGACGCCCAUCGUCUGCCUUCCAGCAGAUUCAUGGAACUCACUCGUCAACUUUCCCAUGACUCUUCAGUCGCCACGCCUCCCGAUUUCUGCGAUUUGAUGGAUGCGAGCCAUCAGUUCCCUCGCGCCAUAGACCCGGCGGGCGAUCAUCUCCCGCACGACGAUCUUUGCCUGGAUGCUCAAGCAUCGAUUUACUCUGCCGAGCCUCUCAAGCCCUUAAAGAUGCCUUCUAAUGCUUUCAAGGCAUCGCCGCCAAGUACCUACGCCAUGGCUUCUCUGAUGGGGUACGCCGUUCAGCCACAGUCGCAAGCUCGACAUGGCAAUUCCACCCCAGCCGAAUCCCCCUCAGUUGCCGAACCUCAUUUCUCCUUUUCUUGGGACACCUAUUUUAACGAUACCCUUGCCGACACCUCUCACUCGAUUCGUGUAGGCAAAGACAUCCAGCCUCAGACGGAGAAAGACUGCGACGAUGACUGCAGAUCAAUGCUGUCGUGCACGUCUGCCUGCGGCAUAAGCUGUCCGAGUCAAUGCGGGGACACGGGCCAAGGAAUGUGUUGCGAUGACGAUGCGUGCGAUGAUCAAGAGCUCUGUCUUGAUGAGAUGUGCGAGGAUGCAGUCACCCCUUGUACGGACGCCAACUGCUCAGGCCUCGCCAAGCUUGGGCAACUGCCUCUCGAGCCCGGCUUCUCAGACGGCGACAAGCAGGCUGCAGCCGCCCUCGCCUCCAUUGGGGAUACGCAGCUGGAACUCAUGCCCAGCACCUUUCCUCAGUUUACCGCAGACUCGACCUUUGGAUCUCACUCUUGUUUCACAGGAGCGACAUGCAGUCACACUUUCCCCCACCCUGUUUUCCAACCGACGACCGAUGAUGGCUUGGCUGGUCAGUUUUGGGAGCAUCUGAGCGAAGCAAACCCCCUUGCGACUCACAUUCUGCAAUAUCACGACCCUAGGCAUGUCGUGGACCAUGCUCGCCCAUGCAUCGCAGAUGAUCCCAACCUCACCAUCCCAAAGUGUGCCCUUCCCAAAACCGUCAACGGCGAUUUUCUCAACCAUGGCCUGGGACAUAACUCACAUGAUUUCGCGUGUGGGUUUGAGGUCAACACACUUGACCAGUUCGCUAGUCACAUCUUCGAGGACCAUUGGUACAUGCACAUGCCAAACCCGGACUUUGGUAACCCUGCCCAGCCCUCGCAGCUAGAAGACAACUUCUCCUUGAUACCCAACCGAUCAAGCGUCCCACCAUCUUACUCUUCAAACGUACCUUCAGCGAAUGACACGCAGCUCACAGCGCCUGACUCGUCCUUGCAGAGUCUGCCAGUAGUCCCACCACUUUCACCUCCCCCAACAACACAGACGACAAGUUCUCCCGUACAGCCCGAGGAAUCGCUUACGGAGUCACAUGCGGAGUCACAUGCGGAGUCACAAACGGAGUCCAUGCCAUCUGAGUUGACUCCCAUCACACCACCGGAUCUGGAACCUGCAGUCGAACAUACUUGUCUUUGGAAGUCAUCGGAUGGCAAAGUCUGCCACAUGCAGUUCAAAGAUGCCGACGACUUGCACAAUCACACAAAGAAUGAUCACUUGAAGGAUAUGACUCGGCAACACCCGGGAUUCUGCUGCCAAUGGGAAAAUUGUACCAGAGCAACAGUGUUUGGCCAGAAGAGCAAGCUGGAACGCCACAUACAGACUCACACAGGGUACAAGCCCGUGAAAUGUUCCAUUUGCGGCCUGCAACUGUCGGCAAAGCAGUCGCUUGACCAGCACAUGAGAGUACACACCGGCGAGAAGCCUUGGAAAUGCAAGUUUCCGGGAUGCUCGCAUGCAUUCAAGCAACAGAGCGCACUCACCAUGCACGAGCGAACGCACACUGGAUACAAACCCCUGAGGUGCGACAUAUGCGGCAAAUCGUUUGGAGAGUCGUCAAAUCUUUCGAAGCAUCGUCGGACUCAUAAUGAGAGGGGCGAGCACUCUUGCCCCAUCUGCAACAAGGACUUUAAUCGCCUGGACCAGCUAAGACGCCAUUUAUACAGCAACCAUAAAUGCAAGCCGGAAGAGGCAGAGUCUAUUGCAAAGGCGAACAGGGCCAAGUCUGGCAAGGGACAGAGGUAAAGUACCAGCGGAUGAUAUCCUCCCCCCU